ACCCUCCCUCUCUCACAUUUAGCGUUGUUCCCACCAAAUCUACAAGUAUUUUUCCUAUACUAAUGAUCAUCACAUUUGUCUGCAAUUGGGAGCUCACCAAUUUACACCUCCCCAAAACCCUCCGCAUUCGGGGAGCUUCCUCCUUGUCAGCUCCGCCGACGGGAGGUACUGAUGACUCCGUCGGGAGGAACACAUCGGCUGUCUGCAGAUCUAUAAAUGCUUCCUGAUCAAGUUUUUCUUUUGGGUUUAAGAUCGCUGAUGCCCAGAAGGUCAAGUUGGUCAAGUUGGAGCACGGAUAGCUCUAAAAUUUGAUUUUAUGGGUGCUAAAUCUGGCGUCGUUUGCGAGAUGGGAUUCAAUUUGUGACUUACAUACUGGAGGAGAGAGUGGCCGUCUGUAAAAGCUGGCGUUUAGUCUCACAGACAGUGCUCUCUCGGGAAAAUUCUGGCUAUUUUUAGUCAAAAGCCAUUCCGCAAAAUAUACUCUGGUCUUGUGGUUUCUAGAUAGAAGACGCCUUUGGGAGGUUGUGCUUAAAGAAAAUUUAUAAGCGUCAAUCUUAUCUACAGCUUUGUGAAGAAAGCAGCGAUAUGGGUUCGGCAUGUUGCUGCUUGCGCCCAGAGGAGUUUGAGGAGUUGGCAUACUCUAAUGGAUCUAUGUACAGACAUUGCAUCUGCCUGAGAUGCUUCAUUCAACAGCUUUUGCAUGCGUACACUUCAUUAUUUCAACAUGGAGAGAACCGGGUUGCUUCACCUAAUCAAGGAGCAACCCCUUUAGCAGCAGCUGGACUUGUCUCAGCUUCCGUUGACAAUUCUUUGUCUGGUAUCUACCGCUCUCCACCAAGGCCAUUGCCAUAUGAUGCUGACUCCAGAUAUGCUCGUCUACAACGUGAUGGGCUGGUGUCAAGGCGUGAAAAAGCUUCUAGCCAUUUUCAUGAGGAAUCCGAGCCUCUCAGAAGUAGUAGUAGUGGUGCUGUUGAAUCCAUACAAGAGAAGAGAAAUGGGGCAGAUUAUGAAGGACAUUCAAAAAUAGUUUGUUCUGAUUCAUCUGGGAGGCAUUUAUUGGCAAAAGUUGCAAGUGGAGUAACAUAUAUGUUUCCAUCAUCUGAAGACGAGGAUGUCUGCCCUACAUGCCUCGAAGAAUAUACUCCUGAAGACCCUAAGAUAAUGACACAAUGCUCUCACCAUUUCCACCUUGGUUGUAUAUAUGAAUGGAUGGAAAGAAGUGAUAAUUGUCCUGUUUGUGGAAAGGAAAUGGUUUUUAGUGAAAGUCCAUGAUGAAUUCUUCAGUUAUUAUCAUUCAUCACAUGGUGUUAAGAAGCCGGAAAACAUCUGUGCAUAACUUGGUAAUGUUCCAACCUUUUCUGUUUCUAAACUGUGAAUGUCCUUGUAAGUAACACAAAUAAUUUGCUUUUUCGCUAUGUUCACCGGUACAGUUUUACUACAUGAGUUAAUACAGGAAGUUGGAUGUUUCCUGUUGAGGAGAUGGAUAGCAUGUCUUCUCCCUCUGGAAUAUGUAUACAUAUAUAUAGGAAAUCUCUUCGAUACAAGUCAUACUUCGUUGAAUGAACUCUUAAACUCUUGUUGGGGACCAAUGACAUGCAUUGUUGUAUA